UUCAGUUUGUAUUAUGUUCACAAUGGAACUUAGAGUCUGUGAGUCUACAGUCUGAACUCUGCAGAGUCUGAACCUCAGCUGCUCUGACUCGGUGUCAUGAGUCCAACCAGCUGUUAACUCGUCUCUUCUUCCAUUGAUCCACAUUCAGUUCUCACAGAAUGAAAGACAGAUGUCUGUGUUCAAGUCUCUGGUUGUGUGGAUCCUCAUCAUGUGGACUCUCACCACAGCAGAUGAUGAGGUCUCCUGCGUUUUAGAGGAGAGCUGCAUCUUACCCUGCAGUUUUCAACCUGGUACAGACCCAGAAAUUUACUGGAUGCAAGUGAAACCAGGAAACACUCGUGUCCACUCCUACUACAGUGACAGAGACCAGUUUGCACGCCAGGGCGAGCACUUCAGAGGCCGGACAUCGCUGUUCACAGAUCAGAUCUCCAGAGGAAACGCCUCCAUCAGGCUGACGGGGCUGCAGCUUCAGGACCAGGGCAAAUACGAGUGCUACACCAACACCAUCACUGGAGCCGGCAAGUCGUCAUUUAUCAACCUGAGAGAAGCUGCUCCGGUGCGUCACGUGGACAUUGAGCAGGUGGAGGACAGCUUCACCUGCCGCUCAGAGGGGAUCUACCCCGAGCCGCAGCUCACCUGGUCCACCAGGCCUCCGUCCAACUUGACCCUUCAGAGCCAAACCACAGUGAAGGAGACGGAGCAGCAGCUCUAUGAGAUCAGCAGCACAGUGACACUGUCAGACAGAGACACUGUUCUGAUCUGCAGCAUCAGCACUCGCCAUGGCAGGAGGAGCGCGGUGUGGUAUCAACCCACUCCCAUCCCUGUGUCACCGUUUAAAACAACAGCAACAAUCCACUGCACUGCUCCAAACACCAAACCCCCGACACACUGGGUGUGGAAAUUCAACCACAGGCAGAUCAUUGUGAACCAGACCGGGGUCGACGGCCUCCACAGCGUCUCAGAGCAGUGGAGGCAGCAGGUGGAGGAUGUGUCAGCGUCAGGCAGCCUCACGCUGCACCACUUAUCUUCAGAUCACCAGGGAACGUUCACCUGUGAACUCAGUAGUGAAGAGGAGACGCACUUCAUCAACAGCUACGUGACGAUAGAGAAAGGUUCAGUUGCAGCAGUUGUGGUCGUAGUCCUCGUUGUGUUUGUAGCAUUAGGAGCUGGAGCAGGAUUCCUCUACUUUACAAGACUAAAGACUCGGUGAAGGUGAACUCUCAAAGAUUCGGUGUGAAGACGUGGCCUCAGCUCUGAAGUCAGACCCCUCACUUCUGAGAGAACUGGAUCUGAGUAAAAA